AUGCGUCCUUCACCACCAGGUGUUGUCCCUUCACCAGUAGCUCCAGAGGAAACUCCGCCUCCUCCAUUAAGCAUUGUCCGUCCACCACCCAGUCCAGAAAGAGCUCCUGUCAAGGCCUUCUUCAUAUUGCCAUUUUUAAACAUAACUCUAUUGGCUCCAAGUCCUUCGCCUUCAUUUCCACCCACGCCGGAUUUUUCAACUCCUCCACCUGCUAGCGCACCAGCAGGAGAGAAUGAAGUUCCAUCAUCUAAUACACCAUCACCUUCAGAUGAAAUUCCUCCUCCAGAUCCGGUGGAAAAUGAAGUCCUGUCAUCUACACCACCGCCAUUUGAUGAAAUUCUACCUCCAUCACCUGUAAGUGCACCUCCGGUGGAAGAUCAAGUCCCAUUAUCAUCUUUGCCUACACUUACCGAUGAUACUGAUCCACCUUCACCUCCGCCGCCGACGGUGGAUCAAGCUCCACCUUCACCUCCGCCGCCGACGGUGGAUCAAGCUCCACCUUCGAUGCCCACUGAUGAUACUUCUGUCCCGCCAACACCGGAGGUGGAUGCCACACCAUCCGAUCCCCAGACUGAUGACUAG